UACACUUAGUUGUUUUUAUCAAGUUUUUAGUAAAACGUUUAAUUUUGUAUUUCUCCAUUUCACUUCGAUUCAACGAUAAAAAAAUGCUAAGAAUUAUAUGCACCAUACAUACAAAACUUCUUAACGAAUAAUGCGAGUGAAAAUUGCUGUUGUGUGUUAACACUCGACAUUCAGUUACAAUUACAAGUUUGGAACAAUUUGACAACAUCAGAAUUUGAUGGCACUUGUAUGGUGUCGCAGAUAGUAAUAUUUAUUAAAUGGUGAUUACCAGUGCCAUGGAGAGGAGAAUUAAAUUAAAAACACUGAACAGUCACAUAACAUGCAAGAUAUGCAAAGGUUAUUUGAUAGAUGCUACUACUGUUACGGAAUGUUUACAUACAUUUUGUAAAAGUUGUCUAGUGAAACAUUUAGAAGAAAAGCAUACCUGUCCAACAUGUCAAAUUGUCAUACAUCAAUCUCAUCCUCUUCAAUAUAUAAGCUUUGACAGAACUAUGCAAGAUAUUGUCUAUAAAUUAGUUCCUGAUCUUCAAGAAAAUGAAAUUAAAAGAGAAAGAGAAUUUUAUAGAGCAAGAGGUUUACCUUGCCCAAAAGAUAUAUUACCAAAUGCUGGAGAUGUUGAAGAAGAAAAGGCAACAGCAGAUGCACAUGCAGAAUCAGAUUAUCAUCGUACUGAUGAACAGGUUAAUGUAUGCUUGGAAUGCAUAAAUACAAGUUUAAAGACUUUGAAACGAAGAUUUAUCAGAUGUUCUGCCCAAGCAACUAUUACGCAUUUAAAAAAAUUUAUUGCCAAGAAAGUGUUAAAUGGAAUGGAAAAAUAUCGAGAUAUUGAUAUUUUAUGUAAUGAUGAACUAUUAGGUAAGGACCAUACAUUAAAAUUCGUUUAUGUAACAAGAUGGAGGUUCCGGGACCCACCUUUAAGGCUACAAUAUAGACCACGAAUAGAUAUUUAAGAUUAAUAUUUGUAUGUUCGAUUCGCGAUAAGAAUCACAAAGAAUCUUGUACCUACUUUGAAUGUUUUUUUGUUCUAUCCGUGUAUUGCCCGUCAUAGUACUUAUUUCAUUUUGGCAUAGCAAAAACAUUAAAUUUUAAAAAUAAUUUCUUGCUUAAAAAUGAAAGAGAAGUUGCUUUAUAGAUUCUUGAUAUCUUUCUAUUAUAUAGUAGAAAGAAUGAAUUUAAUUAGAUUACCGAUAGUCAUUAAUACAUUUUUUAAUGAUAGCAAUUCCAUUAUUUUACACACAUGAUCAUCUCUUUGUUUCCUUAGCAUUCGAAAUCAUUUACGUAUUAUCUUUCAUUGAGUUACAUUAACUCAUCUUUUUAAUGUUUAUUAUGAAUUACUUUCUACAUUUAUAUAAUGCAUAAAUAUAAGUAGACCAAGAAAUCAUAGCGAUAGUGAAAUAAUGAGAAAACAAAUUUUGUUUGCUCAUAUUAUCGCUAAAUAUAAUUCUAAAUAUUUAGUUAUAAAUAUAAUAACUAUGAUAUAAUCACCUUGUGCAUUUUUGUAUCAAUUCUCUAUAAAUUUUUAGUUUGAAGAUACAAAAAUGCCAAUUGGUGUCUCAUAGAUAAGAAUUUGUUGCUUUUUUGCACAGCAACAGAACAAGAUUGCCCUUCUUCUUGUAAUUUUAAGAUGUGAAUUUCUUUUUAUACAUAUUCUAAUUGUAUAUAGAAUAUUUUUGACAGAAUUCCGAUAAUAUUGCGUGUAGACGCAGCUUUGUAUUAGAGAAAAAAGAAAAUGGAAAAAAAAAAAAAGAAAAGAAGCUGGAUCCGGUUAAGAAAGAUUUGGAUCCCUUUAACUUUGUAUGUUUAUGCGCUGUACACAUUCUAAUUCGAUCUCGAGUUUCUCUCAAUGCCGGGAUACAAAAAAAUUUUAUCAGAUAUAACAUAUUUUCUCGAUGAAUUUGAUAAAGACAACGACGCGUUGAGCGAAACGAUCGGGAUUUAUCGCUUGUAGUUACAUGAACUUGUUUCGACAAAAAAAUGUAAAGCGAAAAAACGUGAUUAUAUGUAAAUAUUCUAGAAGAAAAAGUGAAGUGAAUUCAACUUUACAAUGUAGCAGCAUUUUAUGAAUGCUAGGGCUUGUAUGUUGUACACUAUGUGUGUAUUUCCAUAAAUUAUUAAAUAAAUAUGUUUUGUACAGUA